AUUUAUUCUGUUCUGGUGUGUUUGCGUGUCAUGUUUUUAUGUGUAAGCUGAAAGCAGGAAGACAGCUCAUGAAGCCACCGCCUCCAGUGACAUCAUGUCAUGUCAGGCUGUGCGCCUGUGAAAACGCACAGCCGACCAGCAGAACAGAUGGCACAGAGGAAACUUCUACAGACCAGCUGAUCAUGGAUUACUCUCAGUCUUUCUCGGUCCUCAAUGAAAAACUGAGACCCAAUUUCCCCCUCAGCGAGCAGCUCUACUCUUCUCUGAACAGACUGGAGGACAGAAGGAUGAACUCACUCCAGAGAAAGUCUAAAUCCUCGCGGUCGACUAUCCUGACAGCAGACGAGGAACCAAAACAGUCCAUCCCAGAACCAGAAAACCUGAAGGAGCAGGAGGAUCUUGUCUCUAGUGGUCAAGAAGAAGACAUAGAAGAAGAAGAGGAAACCCAUGAGGACUUGAUACAUUUUGUUGACCCACGCCUUUUGAAUAAUCCAAGUUUGACAAACGUGGACACAGAUGAACAAGUUGACGAUGACUCCAGUGCCACACAGUCUGACGAGAAGGAAGAUCCAGAGCACCUGCUUACAAAAGAGACUAAAGGAUCCUCAAACCCAGAAGGAGGGAAAGACGGUGAAGGAAGCUCUCUGGAGGGGUGCUACAUUGAUGGGUCCUUGCCUGACCUGAUUAAAAGUGGCAGGCCACUUGGGAGACGCAGGACAGUGGGACACGCCAUGGACACGCUCAAAGAAGUACGCCGAGAAGUGGAGCUGUCUCGCAAACGAAGUAUCAGGCUGAAGGCUCAAGUGGACAAACUGCAGGAAAGGAGAGAUGGGCACGGUUGGACUCAGAACAGAGAUGCGGUUACAGAUGAAGUCUUGUCAAUUCUGCGGCUGCUGCACCCACUGACAGAUCCAGAGUUCAAGGAGCCGGAGCCCAGCGACAAUGAAAACCAACUGAAUGCUGCCCUUGCACAGCUCAAAAAUGUGGCUCGCAAACUGGCAAUCAGCUACACAAAACAGGAGCACAGAUCUGGAAGUGAUGGCACUGAUGAAAGAGCCAUUCUGCAGCAGGCGCUGAGGGACAGAGAUGAGGCCAUUGAGAAGAAAAAGGCGAUGGAGGCUGAGGUGUUGCGCAGUAAGACAGAGAUGAUGAUGCUGAACAACCACCUUCUGGAAGCUGCACAGAAACGUCUGGAGCUUUCGCUGGAGCUGGAGGCCUGGAAGGAGGACUUUCAGCAGAUCCUUCAGCAGCAGGUGCAGGCUCAGCACCAGGCUGAGCAGGCCCAGAAGAAGUCCUCCCGCCUCGGAAUCCUAAGAAGAACCAAUAAAGCACCCAUCCAGCGGCCGCCGAACUUCCCUCUCCCUGCAGCCGCCCCACCCGUAACCAACCAAAGCCAGAUCUUCAUAAACAAACCAGCAGGUUCUGCUUCUCCACCUUCCAGCGCAGCUCCUGCUAAGGAAAAAGGCACUUGGAGAGACAAGCUCAAAAAGGGCAAGAGCAGUCAAUAUGGAUACCAAAAUGCAGCUGGGCUGGAUUCAAUGUGGAGGAAAGACAAUGGCAAUGAUGGUUUCCAGGUUGUGUCACUUGAUUGAAAUAGUAAUGAUUAUGACCAAAGCGUGGUCUCCAUUUAUUACAGCUUCAUGUCUUUUAUUUUUGCUGUCACAAACCUGCUGCCUUUUAUGUACAGACUGAGUUUUACUGGAUAGAAUAACAGAUGCUCAGUUUGUCACUGGAAAGCCCAAUUCACAUGCUUUUCCAAAAUGGAAAACUUUUAUAAACUUUUAGCUCUGGUGAGGAAAACGUUUUUUUUUUGUUUUGACAAACAGUUCUAAACUAAUUGUGUAUCAGUUUGCCACCAACAGGCCAUUCAAGUGCAAAACUCCAGCUUUGUAAAAGAGAGGUUCAAAAAUAGUGCAUGUAUACAUUAAAAUAUCAAUACGACAAAUCAGAAGUGUUAAAAAAAAUACAUUGGAUCUACUGCUGAAUCUGCAGAAUAAAAGAAAUAAAACCAGGAAAAUUAAAAAGAUAACUGAAGUUUGUAUUUAUGAACAUGAUAAAUUAAAGGCAUUGAAAGCAACCAUUUUUCUUCAAAUUAGGUUUUUACCCCUUGUGCUAUCCUAGGCACUUUAACAUUGGGAGUUGGGUCAUCUAGACCCACUAGACAGUGCGCUGAACCUUUUUUCUUCAAUGAUUUGUGAUCUUCACUGGUGUCCAUGGAUUACAUGAAAUCUUUCCACCUUUAUCAUGGUAGGGAGAACACGUCAAAGUAAGGGUGGGGUCAUCUAAGAUAGCACAAGGGUUAAAUACGCCCUAACAAUCUUAGGAAGUGUCACAUAAUCCCAUCAAUGUCACAAAAUCAUAGAGAUCCCUAAAUGUCUGUUUUUAGCUUUUUGGUUAAUUAAACUUUUUUUUAACAGAAAAAUUGUUUACUUUUUAUUUAAGCGUUUAAAUAUAAAUAUCAGUUAUGCAGCAAAAAUUCAAGUUUCUUUGCAGGAAAAAAACCCCUUGAUAAUGUAUUUUGCAUCAUGUUUGACUUUCAAAGCAGCUCAUUGAACAAAAUAUGUCCGUUUAAAGAUUUCGGCUUUUUCCAGUGAAAAAAAACUGUCAUCUCGCUUAUUUUACACACAAUUAAAAGCUUUUAUUUUCACAUAGAUGUCUCAAAGACAAUCGGGGAAAAAAUGUUUUGGACUUUUGAACUCCUGUAACUUGUAUGCAAAACAGCCAUUUUGCUAAUUUUGUGAUCGCUAUAUAAUGCAACAUUUGCAUUGUUGUGACCUAAUGUAUUUAACUUGAAUAUAAAAUGUACACACACAA